UACUCCUUUAGCAACAUUCAAUCAAUGAAAGCUGUAUUUUAAGUGUUGCGAAAGAGCGUUUCUGUUGUAGUGUCUCCAGUUAAUCACCAUUGGCUACACCUGGUUAGUUCCAUCAUUGGCAUAUUUCAAAUCCUUGGCUACUUUUUCAUCAACAAAACUGUGGAUGCUCCCACUGUCAAUCAAUAUGGACACUCUUCUGUCUUUGUACUUUAAUGGUUUCGAGCUUCCAUCCUUACGCUAUAGCACUAACUGAUAUUUCCAUCAUUUCCUCACCUCCUGAUCCUUCUAUAGACUCAGAGCCUUUUAUAUUCAUUUGGCCCCAGUUGUUUAAUUUUGCUAAAUGUCUUGACCACUCCUUCCUCAGCAGUUUCUAAAAACCUCCAGUGAAGCUCAUCAGAAAAUAAACUCCAAUCUACCCAAGGAUGGUUUGCAAUGAAUCCAUAAAACCAUAUAUAAGCUUUCCCUUCCAAGAACUUCUCAACAAUGUCCAACCUAAGUUCAUCAGGAGUUUGAUGGAGUAGGAAAUAUUUCCUAGCUUUCUUUAGCUAUUCCCUAGGUCCUUCUCCCUCAAACAAAGGGAGAUCAAUUUUAGAGUCUACCAUUUCCAUUAAAUUCACCUCUAGCAUGAGCAUCAUUCACAUUACUACUAUCUCCUUGUGUGCAAAUCAUACUCCCAGGCCUCCAAUUAACAACCGACCAUUUGAUCCCUUUGUUUCUAUGCUCUGUUUUCAGAUCUAAAGACUUUUGGGUCAUCAUGGCCACUAAAUUUUCAUAUUUCUGAUUCAAGUCCAACAUAGCACCCUCAAAUUUCUCUUGCCUACAGACAAAUACCUAGAGAUUUUGAUUUGUGGACUCCAAUUUGGCCUCCAAUCUGCUGGUAACAGAUUUGAAAGUUGUACCCAAAUCAGCUAUUUCCGGAUCCAGCUCUUCAUAUGUUCAUCCACUGCCUUAGACCUUGUAUCCAUGACCAUCAAUUACCCAGUAAUAUGUGCCUGUUCUGAUACCAAUUUGUGACAGUCGGAACUCAGCUUAGGUCCUCACUGUAAUCGUAGCUCAGAAAUGAAAAUUUCCCAGUGAAAUCAGCUGAAAUAGUAACCAAAUAAAGAGAAAAUAGAAAGGGGGAGGGGGAGGGGAGAACGGCAAAACAAGAAGAAGGGAGAUGAGAAAAGUUUUUGAAUGAUUUCAACAAUUGCACUGAAAAUAUCCAAUUACACACACCGACUGCCUUCUUCGAACAAGGAGGUAGAUAUAAUACCAGUAAGAAGCAUGUUUCUCAAUUCGUAAAAUGUAGAAACGUUUCUUGCUUUUUACAAUUAAUCAAAGUAAGUGACACUGUUUCGAUAAGUUGCCACUACACCAUUUUUGAAUUCAAAAUCAGUUAAGCCUGUUGCCUUCUUCCUCCUCCUCUAUUUCUGGUUUUGCUGAUUCUUUUUCCCCAAUUAUUUCCCACAUGACAUAGUUAUACACGUAAAUGGUUUGUUAACGUGAUAUUAGCAGGACUAUAAUUUGUUAAGCAUCAUGGAUAUGACAGGGCUUUUCUUUGGGCUGCUUUUCUUUGGGCUUUGUUUUCAUUGGUUUGUGAGUCAUGUUAUUUCUUACGAUUUUCAAUUGUGUCGGGAUGCAUUUUUCUUGGUUUUUAGAUUUAAUUCUAUGCACAUAUGAUCUAUUUUGUGAUAACCACGUUUUGGUGUUUUUAUCUAUGCAAUGGAUGAAGUGUGUUUGGAAGGGUAUCGAAGGUGGUGCCAAGGAGGUAAACAAAAUUAAUGAUAUUUGAUUUUUGAAAAAACAUGAAUAAAUGCCUGUGUGUAGGCUUAGCUAGGAUGAUUUUGUGGCAAGAGAUUGCGAAUGUAAUAAGCUAUGCACCUUCAAGCACAGACUAUGCUAGUUAUCGGUUUGUUAAGGGCUUGGCUCAAAAUGGUUCUCUACCGAGGGAAGAAGAUGACAAAGGUGGCCAUUAUAUAUUCGAGCUUGGAGGCAAAAUUUCCUUUUCAACUGCUAUCUCAUUUUCACCUUUCCAUGACCCAUAACUUUUAACUUACUUUAACAUAUACACAUGGAAUGAAUCGUGCUUAAUACAUUGUCGAAAAUGUGUUCGACUUGCCUGUACAACAAUUGUUGAUAUUUUCAUCUGAUAUAAUUCAAGUUUUUCAGCUUGCCAUUAAGUUUUUGGAAUGACCUGGUUUUGGAAAGAUAAAAUACACAUCAAGAUGCGUGAAAAUACAUCCCUAAAGUAAGAAAGGACGGAUUCAUCUGCUUGAAUUGGGAGUGUUGCCAUCAAAAUCGUUCAUGAUGCAGCUAUGAUUGAAGUGGAAGUGCUUUAACAACUUGGAAGACAUGAUAAAGGUGGCAAUCGUUGCUCGUGAUGAUUCCAUAAUUGUGGAUGCGUGCCAAGAUGCCGCCGAAGAGAACCUAAAAGGGAAAAGACAACGUCGGUUCCUCCUCCGGUACAGCCCGCACCAGAGAGCUAAUAGGAGGUGUACGAAGAUCCCAAACUGCAGAAUAUUAGCUCGAUACGAGAACAUAAUAUGCCAUUGGGGCAUGAUACCAAAGAGACAGGUCCAGUUAGAGGACUUCCGUGGUUUUGAGUUGACACAUCUGAUACAAAUCUGUGGAUGGGAUAAGAUUAUAGAAAAGCCACACCCGGUUUAUGAAAGUACAGUCCGCGAAUUUUAUGCAAACCUCAAUAGUGAAAUUGAGAUUUCGGAUUCUGAACACUUAUACUAGACGUGGGUUCGAGGUAAGUGGAUAAUGUUCUCCCCAGCGAUCAUCCAUGACUUCUACAAUCUUAAUGUGUUCCCGAUUCCCACUCAAUUCAAUUGGAAUGAAGUGGCGGAGGUUCUCUUGGGAAGAGAAAAUGCUUGGGCCCUACCCACAGCAGAGUGGUAUCAAAUUGAGCUUACUCCCUCCAUAGCUAUCCUCUAGGUCUUCAUGUGCUAUAAUAUCGAACCCACAUCGCAUCGGACAACUUUCACGGAUCAAACUGCUGGGUUCAUAUAUCAUUUAGUCCGGGGAUGUAAAGUUGAUUUAGCUACUCUUAUCUAUGACCAGAUAUAGAAUUUGGGGACCUGGGAGAUAGGCGGUCUUCGAUGAUCUUCCCUAGUCUGAUUAGCGGGAUAUGUCUCGCCGUCGGUGUUACAGUUGAGGCAGGGGAGAUGCCUGGGAAAUUAAGCCCACUGAUAAAGCGCGCAACAUUUGAAGCUCAGGAACGAGCUAGGAUGAGAAAGAGAGAACAAGACCGACUUGAGCAGCAAAGACAUAAUGAGCAGGGAGAAGGACAAGCAGCUGAAAAUAUACACCUGCCACAAGCCCCGCCACAACCAGCUGAAAUGGAUUCGCAGCUACUUCGGCAGAUAUUUGCCACCGCCACAAGAACUAGCAGGGAUAUACAAAAUCUCCAGCAGAGGUUCGAGACGAUGACCACCACUAUUGAAAAAGUGCAGAGAGACCUCUAUUUCUCCCAAGACUACACAAAAGGCGCUAUGAAUGAAGCCACGACUGCAAGAAGGAAAGUAGAGACUAUGAACGGUAGGUUCAACAUGUACGCUGGGAGAAUGGAUGGCAUACAGUGGCGUAUGAACGAAACUUGGGAUCGUUUGGGAAGUAUGGAAAGUAGGCUUCAAGCCAUUCAGGCCGAGCAAGCACAACAGUGCGAGUUGCUGAGACAACUCCUAUCUCGCCUCCCAUCUCCUCCUAAAGAUGAUGCUGCGGGUCCUAGCUUCACACCACAGCCAUCAAAUUGAUCAGGGGAGUUUUGUUAAUCUCUUAUUGCCAAGUUGUGUCCAUGUUUUAAAUUCUGUCAUUUUAACUUUACAUUUUACAUUGAGGACAAUGUAUUGUAUAAGUUUGGGAGAUUGUAGCAUAAUUUCAAACAAAUAUUCAGCAUGUAAUUGUUUUGCAUAUUCA